AUGCAGUCCCCGAAUAACAGACAGUCCAACGGGCACAUCAAUGGUUACGAUCAGCCGCCAAUCGGAGCCCGUCUGUUUUCCGUUCAAAAACCACCAUCAUUGGACGACUUCAAGAAGCUCACAACGGAGUCUGUGCCCCUUCACUAUCCACUUGCAAAAGCCGUUGAAUCGAACGUUCCUAUCUAUAAUCUUCCCGACUAUCGCUCACUCAGUUCAGAGGAGCGCUCUGCACUUCAGGAUGAGUGGUACCACAUCCUCCUUUCUGGGCCAGGAGUGUUCGUCACGAAGGGCCUUUACAGAGACACGUCUCUACUUGAUAAAGUAAACGGUGUCUACGCAAACAUCAUCGCAGAAGAAAAGAAAGUGGCUGGCAAACGCGGUGACCAUUUUGCCGGAGCUGGAGCGAACGAUCGCAUCUGGAACUCCCUUGGGAAACACUGCCUCUCCGACCCGAAAACUUUCGCAGAGUACUACGCAAACCCGUGGUUGCCACUCAUUUCCGAAGCGUGGUUGGGCCCACACCAUCGCCUGACAGCGCAAGUCAAUAUUGUGAAGCCGGGCGCAAAGGCUCAGAUUUCUCACCGAGACUACCAUAUUGGAUUCCAAGAUAACGAGUCUUGUGCAAAGUUCAAUAAGGCAACGCAAGUUGCCUCGCAAUUCCUUACCCUACAAGGAGCAGUCGCACAUUCAGAGAUGCCGAUAGCAAGCGGGCCGACUCGGUUGCUGCCGUUCAGUCAGAAGUUCGAAGAAGGGUAUAUGGCUUACCGCAUCCCUGAGUUCCAAAACUACUUUCUGGAAAAUUAUGUCUCCAUGCCGCUGGAGAUGGGGGACGGUCUCUUCUUCAACCCAGCUUUAUUUCACGCUGCGGGACAGAAUGACUCGGCUGAUAUUCUGCGUUCCGCGAAUUUGCUCCAGAUUUCAUCUGCCUUCGGGAAGCCGAUGGAGUCAAUCGACACACAUGCACUCAUCGAAAGGACCUGGGAUGCAAUUUCAACGAUGUACCGAAAGGACGGCUUGAGCGACGAACUCAAAGCGCUUGUCAGUGUCGUAGCAGAAGGGUAUUCAUUUCCGACCAACCUUGAUAGAAGGGUACCUGAAACUGCCGGCAUGGCCCCCGACAGCGAGCAAGAUGUGUUGAUCAAGAGUCUCAAGAGGAAUGAAACAAGACAGGCGGUUUUGGAUUCGCUAAGGACAAUGCGAAAAGAGUCCAUGGCCUAG